AUGGAGGAUCUUAUCGAUCCUGCUCUGCGAGAACUCGCAACUCCUGCCAAGGGGAGACAAGACUCGGUCGCGCAACAGCGAAAAAGCUUAACAACAAUGACUAUUUCAAUGUCCCCACAAAGUGUCGACCCACGAGCAAACGAACUCCUCGCUACCACCGAAAGUUCCAACACGACGGCCACUUCGACGCCAAGCAAGCGUGCCAAUGAUUCGGAUGACCUGGAUUACGAUAGCUCCGGGUCAGGAGAGAUAGAUUGGAACGAUGACAAUGGGAAGAGGAGAUUGGCCGUUCUAGAUUCGAAGAUUCGAAAGUUUUUAGCACCUUGGAACAAGCGAUCCAAACAUGCACAUUUGGUCCCUCAAUUCAACAUCCAAAUUAUCCAAUCGACAGAUCCUGAAGGAACUAAUCACAAUACCCAAUCGGCCUAUGACGGAAGUGGUGGCACGAGCCAAUCGAGCGGUCAAGCCAUUCAGGCACACCAUGAACACCAGGCACCCCGGUCCUCCAUGACUUCGACCCUGUCAUCUUUGCCAUCCAAUCUCAGUGAUAUAUUCUCAUCUCGAGAACGACCUACAGACUCCCAGUCAGAGUUCAGUCAGGCUCAAACCACAGCUACAAACGAUCCACCUGGAGGCUUGAUCGCCUGUGACACUUGCGCAAAGCAGCUUUCAGGUCGCAAUUUUUCCGGGUGGAGGAACCACUAUUGGGCUAAGCACAAUCCACAGGAGGGAUGGUAUUGUCUAUUCUGCAAGGUUGACAUAGACGAUGUGGAUGGAUUAUUGUAUUGGCGAUGCAAGAGGUGCCCAAAGAGCUUUCUGAGUGAAAAUGAAGCAAUUUCACAUUUCACAACAAAAGGUCUUCCCUGCUACCAGAGAGGUGCACACUGGGUUCGACUCCAGCCCUGGAAGGAACAUCUCCAGGGACACCUUCAGAAAGAUUACAUAGUCGACAUCGCUGUUGACGCCGAGCAAUAUCGAAAAAAGUGCAUCAUCUGCCAAGGGACUUUCUCCAACGAAAUUCUCUGCAAAAAACACAUAUGCCCGUUGACAAACUGGAAGUAUGAAUUAACGACGCCGCUUCCCAAGUGCGAAGAUCAUCCUAGCCUUACCUUCGUGACCCACGAAGAGGUCAACCAACACGUUCAUAAGGAACACUUUGGAAAAUCCAAGCCAUCGUCGGGGUCUUGCCGCCACAACAAAAGCCAAGCCGGCAGUACUCAAGGCGACCGUUCUUCAUGGUGUGACAACCAAAGUCAGAAUGGCAACAAUGCUCACGCCCUUGGUCAACAAGACUAUGGGGCUACCGGUGCAGGAUGGGAUUCCACGCACAAGUCCACGGCCCAAGAAUCAGGGCAGCCUGGCACUAUCAGAGAUCCUAUGACUGACUGGCGUGGAAUUAGUCCUGGACCUGAAGUACAGAACCCUCGAUAUCCUCAGGGUCUCAUGCUAGGCAAUGAAGGCGGUUCAUCUGGCAGAUCGUCACGACGCAGGAAGCUGGCUCCUCGAAGAGAGCUUGGUCCUGAGUCAGAUGUACCACCUGUCACCACCGUGUUGACCGACAUUGUUACCGAUGAUGGCGAUCCGAGAUUCUUGGUCAGAAAGAAUGCGCCUCGUUGA